UCUUCCGUCUCGUCGACAAGCACAAUGGGCCAGGGUUGGGCGCUUCUUCAUGCUCUUAGCCCGGCUGCAGGUGUCGAUUGUCCAAAGUAUGGGAAAGAAGCAUGAUUAUCCCAGGAAAGUUUUCUCAAUGGUUACCAUCUCAGAUUCAGGCACACCUGAAACUGUCACAUUUUUCACAUCGAUAAGCUGGCAGAAGCUGGAAUAUGGUGGUGCCUAUGCUUGGCCAUGCAUCAGUGAAGAGGAAAGAUCAGGAGAAGGUCUUGAACAGAGUGGUAUGACAGACAAAGGUUUGGCUGGAGGGGACACAGGAGAUAGCUCCUUUAGAAAUUCCUUGGAUGAUGGGUCCCAAGAUUUAAAAGACGCACAAAAUGCCUUUGAAUGUGCCAGGAUGGAGGCCUGGCUUGAUGAGCAUCCUGAUUAUGUCCAAGAUUAUUUAAACAGAAAGGGCACUCGCCAAAUGGUAGACUCCUGGCUCAUAGCCCAUGCUUUCCAACAAGAACCUGUGGGAGAUCCUCGGGUAGUGGUGGAUAGUGCUUCCAGCCAUAAUACUUCCCGCCCCAAUUCUGGGGCUGCCACCCCUGUGCGUAAGAUCUCAGCCACAGAAUUUGAACGUGGAGGACUCCUCACCCCUAUGGUGAUGACAGUUGAUGGUUGCCCCACAUUCCUCAGCACCCCCAUUGACUCUUCUAAUUCCCGUGGAAUCCUGGUCUAUAAGAUGCGUCGCAAGAGCCGUGCUGAACUUCAGGCUCUGGAUGAAAAGGAAUUGAUUUUCGAACUGGUGAAAGACAUAUGCAAUGACCUUGAUGUCAAAUGGCUAUGUCACAAGAUCCUUCAGAAUGUGAGCAUCCUCACCAAUGCUGAUCGUUGCUCCCUGUUCCUGGUUCAAGGGGAGCGGGAAGGAGAAAAAGGCCUAGUGUCCACACUGUUUGAUGUCUGCUCACGCAGCACUCCUGAACAAAUGAUUGAGAAGGAGGAAAUACAAGUACCAUGGGGGGUAGGCAUAGUUGGAUACGUUGCUAAGACUGGAGAGAGUGUCAACAUUCCUGAUGCUUAUUUGGAUUCCCGAUUCAAUCAUGAUAUUGAUGCCAAGACUGGCUAUGUGACCCGCUCUCUCCUCUGCAUGCCCAUCAAGGACUAUGGGGGAGAUGUCAUUGGUGUGGCACAGGUGAUAAACAAGCGAGAUGGAGGGAUCUUCACAUUGAAUGAUGAGAAAGUGUUUGCAGCCUACCUGCAAUUCUGUGGGAUUGGCCUGAGAAAUGCCCAGCUGUAUGAGAAGUCGCAGUUGGAGAACAAAAGGAACCAGGCAAUUCCUCUUUGUUUUCCUCUCAGUGUGCUUUUGGACCUGGCACGCAUGGUGUUUGAGGAGCAGAGCACUAUAGAGCAGAUAGUGUACCGAAUCAUGACCCUCACCCAGUCCCUGCUUGAGUGCCAACGAUGUCAGGUAACUACAUUGAAGCCAAAAACAUCACAUUGUGUUUUUGAUGCAAUAGAGUCUGUAGCUCCUCUCCAUUGUUGGCAGGUAAUGCUGCUGCAUGAGAGCACAAAGAGCACCUUCAGCCGGGUGUUUGAUCUGGAUGUGACUGAUACAAAUGGGGACGAAUGGGAGUCUCGGACAAGUCCAUUUGAGAAUCGCUUCCCCUUUCACAUUGGAAUCUCGGGACAUGUUGCCACAACUGGGGAGACCUUGAACAUUCCUGACGUGUACCGGGACCCACGCUUUGAUGCAGCAGCUGAUCGAAACACAGACUUCCACACUCACUCCAUCCUCAGCAUGGCCAUCAAGAAUUCCUCCCACCGCAUCAUUGGGGUCAUUCAGUUGGUGAACAAAAUCAAAGGGAGAAGCUUCACAAAGAAUGAUGAAAAUUUUCUGGAAGCAUUUGCCAUCUUCUGUGGAAUGGGGAUUCACAACACUCAAAUGUAUGAGCAGGCAAUGACAGCCAUAGCAAAGCAAGAGGUGACCCUUGAGGUCCUGAGCUAUCAUGCCACUGCUCCCCAAGAUGAAGUGAACAGACUGGAGCGGCAUGUGGUCCCCUCAAGUCACUUCUACCGCCUGUACAAUUACUCGUUUGAGGACUUGGAGUUGUCGGAUGAAGAUACCCUCAAGGCAUGCUUGAGGAUGUUCAUGGACCUGGACUUGAUGGAGCACUUCAGCAUCAACUACUCUGUGCUCUGUCGCUGGCUCCUCUCCAUCCGCAAAAACUAUCGACAUGUUAUUUAUCACAACUGGAGGCAUGCCUUCAAUGUUGCUCAGAUGAUGUUUUCCAUCCUUGUUGCAACACAGCUGUGGCAGGCCCUGGGGGAUCUGGAGUGCCUGGCAUUACUCAUUGCUUGUCUCUGCCAUGACCUUGACCAUCGAGGAACCAAUAACUCCUUCCAAAUCAAGAUGUCUUCUCCACUGGCACAGUUGUACUCAACAUCGACAAUGGAGCACCACCACUUCGACCAAUGCAUCAUGAUUCUCAACACCCCAGGGAAUCAGAUCCUGGCGCAGCUGAGGCCUGACCAGUACAAGAAAGUAGUGCGAAUCGUUGAGGAAGCCAUCCUAGCCACUGACCUCGCUGUUUAUUUUCGGAAUCGAGGUCGUUUCAUUGAGCUGGUGGAAUCGGGCAGUUAUGACUGGUCGGUGGAUAGUCAGAGGGAACAGCUACGGGGGAUGCUCAUGACUGCAUGUGACAUUGCUGCCAUCACCAAGCCCUGGCCCAUUCAGAAAAGGGUGGCAGAGCUUGUGGCAAGCGAGUUCUUUGAGCAAGGGGACAUGGAGAAGGAGAAGCUGAAAAUCACUCCCAUUGACUUGAUGAAUCGUGAGAAGCGAGACGACCUACCCAUCAUGCAGGUCUCCUUCAUCGAUUCCAUCUGCCUUCCUGUCUACCAGGUCAGUCGGGGGUCAAUGUUGGGUCGGUGUGAUCCUGAUAUUGCCCUGGCAAAGAUUUCGGAUCGUCUCGUGCCAUUGCUGAAGGGCGUGGAAGACAAUCGUGCCCACUGGAACACCUUGGCGGAGGCCAGGAACGCCCAACUUCGCAAAUUCAACAAUGGGGCCUGAAUUUCCAAAAUCGUUUAUCCUGGUUUUAUGUUCUUUCAUCCCGGUGAUGAGGCAGUUCCUAAAACUGUACGUAUGUGAUACCUUUCUCUCGUCUUGCUUUCCAUCCUCUUUCGUGCAGAAAUCUUAGCAAAGACCUGACCAGGCAGGAAAUGAUAUUUCUCUUAUCAGGGAAUCCUUAAAUCUUUUUUACCUGAAAUUCUCCUAUCUGUUGGAGAAUAACCAGUUGUUAGUCUUGAAAUGUUGGUCGUGAAUGUUAAGUACAUGCAGAAUUCUGCAUGGGUGCCUUCACCAAUACUCUAGUUUGCAUAUCUUGCAGCCUCUCUUUGAACACAAGUAGGGUUGAUCGCAUCUACGCCGAGCCGGUGCUUUAGAUGACCCGAGUGCAAAUGUGAUAUUCUGUGGCCAUCAUCAUCUCAUUUUUUUGCAUUUGUGAUUCGCUUCUGUAUCCUCAUCAGGGAAGACAUAAUUGGAAUGCAUUUUGGUGUUCGUCUGCAUCUUUAUUUGUUGAUUUCAUCGCAUUUUCGAUGACUGCUAGAACAAAGCAAGAGGAGGGUUCAAGAAAUGAACAGUUCCUGGUGAUCUUGUGUUGCUUGAAAAAUAUAUGAC